GCCCACCUCCCCGCGCCCUCCCUGGUGUGGUUUGGGCCACGCAUAAAAAGCUCCCGGGCCUAGGGCUCUCUCGGUUCUGAGAUCUCUUUCCUGUCUCUGCUCGUGUCUGGUCGUCCGCGUGUCCGGCUCUUGCCCACGCAGUCAUGGCCUCUGGCGACGCGCACAUCGGAAAGCCGGCCCCUGACUUCACGGCCACCGCGGUGGUGGAUGGUGCCUUCAAGGAAAUCAAGCUCUCGGACUACAGAGGGAAGUACGUGGUCCUCUUUUUUUACCCACUGGACUUCACUUUUGUUUGCCCCACGGAGAUCAUCGCUUUUAGCGACCACGCUGAGGACUUCCGAAAGCUAGGCUGCGAGGUGCUGGGAGUGUCUGUGGACUCUCAGUUCACCCACCUGGCGUGGAUCAAUACCCCACGGAAGGAGGGCGGCUUGGGCCCCCUGAAUAUUCCUCUGCUUGCUGAUGUGACUAAAAGCUUGUCCCAGAAUUACGGCGUGUUGAAAAAUGAUGAGGGCAUCGCUUACAGGGGCCUCUUUAUCAUCGAUGCCAAGGGAGUUCUUCGACAGAUCACAGUCAAUGACCUACCUGUGGGACGCUCUGUAGAUGAGGCUCUCCGCCUAGUCCAGGCCUUUCAGUAUACAGACGAGCAUGGGGAAGUCUGUCCUGCUGGCUGGAAGCCUGGCAGCGACACCAUCAAGCCCAAUGUGGAUGACAGCAAGGAAUACUUCUCCAAACACAACUGAGAUGGGUAAACAUCGGUGAGCCGGAAUCUUGGAUCUCACCUGUGCCCCAACCUGGAUGUCCUGUGCUGGCCCAGAAAACGCUAGAUCUUCCUCCACACUCUGAAGGGGCUGGGGACUAGGCCGAGGCUUUCUCAUUACCCACCCGAAAUCUGGUGAAUAGUGACCCUGCCCUGAGCACACCCAGCUGGGCCCCGGUCUAUAGGAAACCAAUAAAGUAUUAGGGACAGUGUAA